GACCAUGGUGGAACCAUUGGAACCUCGGAUCAAUACUCAGAUCCACCAUCACUCUGAUCAACCGACUCAGUAUCAUGCCAAACGCAAGGAACAUUUUCCCGACAAGGGCAUUGUCGCGGAUCCCUAUUGCGACCAUUACACGUCUCUUCACACCCUGGAGCGUAUUUUCUUUUAUCACACGUCACUCCGAGGCCUCGGAGCGUCUCAUUCUAGAAUUGCGCAAUAUGGGAUUUCCUCCGGAUCGUGAAGCUAUAGCUUUCGCCGAGUCAACAAGUGCCUUUACUCUUCUGGACAAAUUUCUCCGAACCAAUGGAAUUCACGUUUAAAACACUCGCUCCAUCUAGUUCAACGUCUAAAAAGUGGCGCAUGGUUCAACCUGUGCCAGGACGGAGUCAAGCCAUGUGUCAGAGUGACCGAGGAUUUGCGUCCGCGUUGGUCGGUGGCAGUGGUGGAAGAAUGUCGUCGGGGAUGAUUCCAGCAUGCGACACUCUGAGGAUCCUCCACCUGCCCCCGCAGUUGUCCGACGAUCGGCGCAACUCGUUACUGCAGAGAUACGGCGCGAUAAAAACCAGAACGCUGCGAUCCUCCGGCAAGUACACCGUCACCUUCGCCAAGUUCGCGUCUCAGCAAUUGGCGACGGAGGCGUUGCUGCGUUUACAUCAGUUAAAUGUCAAAGGGCAGUACCUGUCGGUCGAGUACGCCAAGAAGUCGAGCCCGGCUGAGCUCUCUCAGCUGGAGCCUCAGCAUGAGCCAUCGGCAGACAACGACGUUAAAGCGAAAGUCACCGACCUUCAGGCCUUUCGCAGGAAGUUGAACAGUUGGACUGUGAAUCAUGUGUUCAGUCAACCACCUCCGCCGAACAUAAGAUACAAGUACGCGGCACCUACGAAGAACACACUCUUGAGGAUAGCCGUACAACUGUCGAAGGAACCAGCCUUUUAUACACAGGUGUUGCAUUUGAUGAAUAAAAUGAACCUGCCGCCUCCUUUCGAAGAAUUGGAAGAAGAGUUUCCCGUGCUGAGGGAAGUUUACAACAUGGAGAAGUACAAGAACAUCCUUGGAGGUGAAAUUAUCGAUGCAUCGUAUGAACGCGUGCAGGAAGAAGAAGAAGAAGAGGAGUCGGAGAUAGAGUCAGACGGGGAGGAUAACGCCAGGCCUGUGGAGAUCAUCCCGGUUAAGAGGAAACUGCCGCAGCCCGCGCGACGUUUGAAGAUCCCCAAGUUUGUUAAUCCUGCCAGGAACAUCGCGACAGUCGCGUCCACGCAAAAAGCGCUCAAGCCGGAGGACAUGUUCGAGCCCGUUCAACUCGGGGAGGCUAAGAAUCUCAAGAUCGAACUGAAGACCCUGGAUAAGUCAUUGGACGCGGCAUCCGCUGCUCAAGACAGUACCGUAACGGUAGACGGUGGAUUCGGUUUGAUAUUCCCGGCUGCUAAACCCACCGAGGACGCGAAGGACGGCGAAGAAGGUGCGGAAAGGUCGAGGAACAAAUUUAUAAGCAGCGAGGAGCUGGAGGCCAACCGGAUUUCCGCCAACGAUCAGAGAGUGCUUCCUGUGUUCAAGAACUAUCAUCCGGGCAAACCUUCCAACCGUCUGUACAUAAAGAAUCUUGCGAAGCAAGUGGAAGCGAAGGAUCUACAUUACAUUUAUCAGAGAUACGUUAUCGCGGGGCUGAAAGACGCUGAGAACGAGUAUGACUUACGACUUAUGCAAGAGGGCAGGAUGAAGGGGCAAGCCUUCGUCACGUUGCAGAAUAACGUGCAAGCUCAAAUGGCUCUCAACGAAACCAACGGAUACAUAUUGAAAGACAAGCCUAUGGUCGUACAUUUUGCCAAAGCUGCCAAGAGUUAACGCAGAAUUUUGGUUUCAAUACAAUUCUUAAUUUAUUUUCUAACAUACAGUCGUAAAAUUAAGCUAAGUUUCUUGUAUUCUUCGGUAAUAAAGCGAUGUUGGUGAAGCGAUUCGUUCGCGAAAGAUA